UAGAAAAGGGAUGGGGGGUGUAGAGAGUCUCUGUUCCACCUGGUGGGUGGAGAUUCAACUCAUAAAGAAAGAGGAGAAAAAAAGGUUUUCUUGGAAAUGCCGUAACAUUUCUCACGCAGCUUUGACGCGAGCCAAACGUCUGUUUUAUGAAUGAAGUGAGUAAGAUAAUGAAGCUCCACGUUCUUACACACAGCAGGGGUUUUUUAGCUGACACUUUCAUUCUCAGUGACAUAAAGUGAAUGAGUAAGUCAUGACUGAACAGAAGCUGCUGCUGCUCUCGUUCUUUUUUUAAUUAUUAUUAUUUGCAAGUAGUGCGGAUUAUUACAAGAGCACGUUUAUACUUCAGUCACAGCAAAAAAUGUAAACCUGCAAAUGACCAACUGUCAGCACUUCAUUUUGGUUUGUUUUUCUUACAGAAUAAUUUACAUUUCUGACCAACGUGGUCAAAGGAAGGGAAAAAUUGUGGUCAACAAGUGUUGACUUUACAGAUACUCAUCCAAAAAAAAACCACACUCACUUCCUGAACUAGUCUUUUAAUUUAAACCAUGUGAGCCAAAGCUCCUUCAUGUGGUUGGUUUCCCUCCAAUUCACACACAAAAACAUCCCAGAAGAUGUUAAAUUAACAGAGAUUCUGAACUUAAAUGAAAAUACAUCAUGACAUACAUUGAGCACGUGACUUAAAGUGGAAAAAAACUGGUGUUGACUUUUCAAAUACUUUACCAAAAUCCACACUCAUUUCCUGAACCGGUGUUUUAACUCAAGCCAUGUGACCUUAAGCUCCUUCAUGUGGUUGGUUUCAAUCAAAUUCACACACAAAAACAACCCAGACAACAUCAACUUUAUAGAGAAAAAUAAGAAAAGCAGAAAGCACAUGGCAAACACAUCAUGAUAAAGCAUGUGGCUUAAACCUGGAGUAAGAAACUUGCUUGUAUUGUCAGUGAUCAAUAACCCCACAAUAACCUUUCAAAAUAACAUAAAUAGAACAUGUUGUUGGCGUCAAAUCCAGAUCGGGCAUCCAGGUCAGCCCGCAAAGUCACUUGAAACGCCCCUGCUCAGUUUUCCUAACAAGCAGAUGAAUGGUUUUGUUUUUACAGUUGAACAAAUGGAGAAAAUCCCAGUCUGAGGUAAAAAUGGACAUGGGCACAUUUGACAAAUCAUUUUUUCAUAAAAAGAAAAAAACUCCUGACACAUUACAGAUGGAUGACGUCAGAGUGAUGCAGGAUGUGAAAGUAGAACUUUGCAACACAAGAAAGUUCACUGAUGAGCAACGCGCUGGCUAAUUCCAUGUCAUUAACAAUUUAAAUUGGCUGCUCAAAUUAAAAACCUGUCAUUUUUACUGCAGUAUUUUGUUUGUUCUUGUUUAUGUUUGAAAUACCACAAAAUGAUGCUAACAUCAACCACCAAGUUGCCAACUUGUAAAGUUUGUGGAAACGUAAAUGCAAUUAACACGUGUGACAUCAUUCCCAGUGCCAGUGGUGCGCGGGCUUCCUCUUCUGGUACAAAUACUAUUCUACUGUAUACUACGGGUGUCACAAUCUCGAUUGUAAAUCGAAUAUCGAAGGAAAUUAUGUCAUGGUUUCGACCGUGGAAUCGAUGAUUUAACCACGCCAGAGGGAAAAAAACACAGCUACACGUUAGCUCCUCCCAUUAGACUUUUUGUGGGACGUGACAUGAUUAGGACGUCUGCAGGGUUUCGUCAUCACAGCCUCCGGUUCCACAGAAUAAGGAUUAAAUCUAUGUCAGUUUGCUUCUGUUCAGGAUGACACCCACUCAGGAAGUUCUUCAGGAAACUUCAAAACUUCCACAAUUCCAGUGAGGGUGACUAAAGUGGAAUUAAAUCUCCAAAAGUCUUAUUAUUGAUUUUAUUGUGUGGAUUUGAGACAGGAAGCCACAGUUGGAGAUGAUGCAACGUCAGUGUCGUCACACACUUGUAACCAGCAGAGCAGCUGGGGGUCAAGAGCGCCACCACAGUGGUGAUUCAUGACUCCGCCCCAUUUAUUCUCCACCUGCUGCUUUUGGCUGAGCUGUUUGUCCGCACGUCGUCCCGUCCCACCCACAGUUCCUCUAUCUGUGGUUUUUUGGGGUCAAUGAUCCCUCAGGUGGACAGAAUCAUGAUGUUAUCCAAAAAUCUCCAUGGCCUGUCAGAUGAUGAACUUCUGAACCUCGCUGCUGUUGACAAUAGACUUGAUGAUCUUCCUCACAUUCAGCAAACUGCUGCUCAUUUCACUUCACGGAAGGUGAAUGAGUCUCUCUCUCAGCUUCACGUCUACACUCAGUCUUUUAAGCUGCACAUUGACUGGCUGAUAACUGCUCAAUUCAACUUCAGUUUGCCCACGCAGCCAGCUGAGGGCGCCAGUGCUCACCUGCUGCAGCUGUCCACUCUCAUCCACACAUCUUUACAUCAGAUGCACGAAACGUCUACUCAGGCUCCGCCUCCCUCCCUACCUGUUGCUGCCUCCACCUUUGACGUGCUCCAGUUCUCUGUGGAGAUUUCUGAGCGGCUUCACGUCUUCUGUAACUGGUCCAGGAGACUUUUACGGCAUCUCCAGAAACUCUCGCGCUGCCCUCGACGUUAAGACCUUUGACGUCACUGUAGAGCAAAAAAAGAAAACCACUGUUAACUUUUGCGAUUUUUACCCAGCAAGGCAUUAGCAUAGCAAUGCUAGCAACCAGAGCCGGAUUAACGCAAAGGCAAACUAGGCACGUGCCUAGGGCCCGAUUGGCAGGGGGCCCAGACAGAGGGACAAUCAUAACCUAAAACGUUUCAGCUGUCAGGGCGUUCUGAGGACAGUCUGCUCCGAUCGACAGUCGCGCUGGGGGCAGGCGGGCGGGAGAAGCCGCAGCGAGUGCACAUGUCUGUGGCGAGGUCCGGGCGGGGGUUCGCAGUAAACCACCUUCGCCCUGAGCCCUUCCAAGCCGAUCUAGAGUCGGUCGCG